AUGCGAAUGAAAAAUAGCUGUGUUGCUGUAGUGAAACUUUUGAAGGGGAAAAAACAUCCCCUCCUGAAUGCUAAUAAAGGCGGGUGUCAUGGAAGGUACUUCCAUAGUAAUGGCAGCAUCGUUGAGAGAAAAAAAAAAGUGACCACCCACAUAUCCUAUUCUCUGCCUCCGCAAAGGGAGAAUGAAAAAUACACUUUUGAAGUCCUCAUGAAAACGAUGAAAAACAGGGCAGACGAGUAUAACCUUAUAAAGAUAAAAGAAGCACAAAAUAAAAUACUAAUUCAUUUAAACACAUUUACAAUCAACCAAGUAGUGUGCACACUCGUCCUCUCGCACAAGUAUAAUAUGCUUAAUUUUAAAAUUCUGCACGCAAUCAUAGAGCAUUUGUUUCGCCAUUCCUGUUUCUUGAAUAGCAAACACUUGUACGUGCUAGUUUCGACCAUAAGGAACAUACACCUGGAUAACCUCGUGUACUCGUCACAACAAGACAACCACGAGAGUAGGGACAAUCACAAUCCUCACUUGGAGGACUACCUAGAAGAUGUUAAUGAAAAUAUAAAAUGGAAGGAGAAAUAUUACGGGGAAGUCAUGGCAAAUUUGGUUCUCCCCCCUGGGGACAACAUCGAUACAACCUGUCCAGGUCAACACAGCAGUGUCGAAUGCACCCUUCAGUCCAACGGUACGCUGAGCCAACACGGAGCGAACACAAGUAGCGUAAGCCAUAGCCUAACCCCAUGUAAAACUAACCCAGCGGAGGAAAAACUGUCACUGCAAAAUUCCCCCCACCAGCAGGAGGACAUCUCCGUAGAAAUGAAAAAAACCCAUUUAAAAAUUAAAGAAAUCCUGACGCACAAUUAUAGCAAUAUUUACCUGAACAUAAAAAAGAACAUGUACACGAAUUUGUUACUCCUAAAUUAUCUGCAUGAAGGGAAUAUAAUCAGCAGAAAAACUUUUUUAAAAAUUAUUUGCAGCAUCAAUACACAAUGUAGCCAGCACAUAUUCAGUAGUAACAAAAACGGAAGCAAUAGUGAUCACCAUUCCUAUGAUGAAAAUGGAACCUAUGAAGAUGACAUCCUGAAUUCGUAUCUCAAAGGUCAGUGUGAGAAUACAUCAACGUACGACUUGUACAUUCGUCUUCACUUCCAUUUGCUAAAAAAUAUGCUCACAGAGUGCGAAUUUAUAGACAACAAAUUUGUAAUGGAAAAAAUACAAAAUGCUACAAGUAUAAAUGAGGACGUGUACAGAGAUGCAAAACUAUACCUUGAAGUGUUUUCUUUAUUUUUUCAAAACAUGGAAAAGGUUACGGAAAGGAUUAAUCAUUUAAAGGUAUUCCAUUUGAAUAUCCUCUCGCAUGAGUUGUUUAAACUUCUCUGUGACGAUGGCGCGUUUCAAAAUGUAAACAUAUAUUACACCUUCCUCAAGAAAGUAUCAUGUGAAUCUAUUCUGAAGGGGGAAGCAACUCCCGAUGUCUGCUAUGGCCUUGUGAGCGUGUUGUACUAUCUCAAAAGGGAGAACAUGCUGAAUUGUGAAAGCUGCCCCUUUGGUUACCCUCCUCUUGGGGAGUCCACAUUCGACUUGCAAAGAAGUCAGGACAGGUACUCCCUGUUUUUAAACUCCCUUAACCGGUACACUCUCCACGACCUUCUCAUACCACCACACCAAGAAAAAGAACCAAUCAACACAAAUUGCAACCCCAUAAACCAUACCCCCAAUGGUGAACCACCAACAAUGGAACAAUCACCCCACAACUUGAGGGACAACUUUGUCGCCCACUUCAUGGCAGAAUUCACGUUCAACAUCGUGUGUUACCUGAACAAGAUAGAUAUUUACGAACAACUUUUUAUUUUAAAAUAUUUAAUCCUCCUGAAUUUGAAGAAUGAAUACCUAAUCGAUGUGCUGAAAGAACGUCAACGUAAUUUCUUUAUACAAAAAAAGCAUUACACUGAUAGGAAGCAUUUUUUUUAUUUUAUAGAGUAUUUGUUCACAUCUUUUAUUUAUUCUACCCAUGAAUUCCUCAACCUCUUACAUUUGAUAGACCUCCCAAAGUUUCAAACUGUGCUCGACGCAAUCGGACGCACGAAAAAAUUCACACAUAAAAUAAAAAAAAUAUUCGAUGCUGUCAAUGUGAUACUGAACCAGCGGAAACAGAAUUGUAUAAAAAUCGCUACCCAAAAAAAAGGGCGAAACAACCAAUUUGAAAACAAGUCCAUUGUCCUACCAGACGACACAACACAGGUGCAACGUUUUCAGAACAUCCUCUAUGAUUUUUUAUUCUUAUAA